GUGCAAGCAGAACUGAGAAAGUUCAUAGAGCCGAGGUGCAGGAUGUCCCGUUAAGGAGAAAAAAAAAAUCCUGCAGAGGAGCAGAAGCAACACAAGCAGACGGGGAGAAAGCAGUGCAACCCGGACCGAACGGCAUUCACCACACCUAAGAUAUAGUUAAACUGGGGAAAAUGGGCUUUCCGAUGAUAUUUAACUGUCGUCGGAUUGUUCUCAAAGUGUUUUUGGUUCAGUUCAUCGCCUUACAAGCAACAUAUGCUGCCCCUUCGCCUAUUAUCAGAUUUCCUGGAGACGAUACUACUCCCAAAACAGACAAAGAAGUUGCUCUGCACUAUCUGAAUAAGUUCUAUGGAUGCCCACAAGACAGAUGCAACCUCAUGGUGCUCAAGGACACCCUGAAGAAAAUGCAAAAGUUCUUCUCCCUGCAAGAAACUGGAGAGAUUGAUGCCAAAACUGUGGAUAUCAUGAAAAAGCCCCGUUGCGGAGUCCCAGAUGUGGCCAAUUACAACUUCUUCCACAGGAAACCCCUGUGGCAGCAGAAAGACAUCACUUACAGAAUCCUUGGAUACAGUCCCGACCUGGAUGAGGAAGUCAUAAAUGACGCUUUCUUCAGAGCCUUCAAAGUGUGGAGUGACGUGACCCCUCUCACAUUCACUCGCUUAAUGGACGGAGAGGCCGACAUCAUGAUUAAUUUUGGCCGCAAUGAGCACGGAGAUGGUUACCCAUUCGACGGCAAAGAUGGCCUCCUGGCUCAUGCCUUUGCUCCAGGGCCAGGCAUCGGGGGAGACUCCCACUUUGAUGAUGAUGAGCAGUGGACGCUGGGAGAUGGCCAAGUGGUGAAGGUGAAGUAUGGCAAUGCUGAUGGGGAGUUCUGUAAAUUCCCCUUCCUGUUCAUGGGCACUGAGUACAACAGCUGCACACCUCAGGGCCGUGACGACGGCUUCCUGUGGUGCUCGACCACUUACAACUUCGAAGAAGACGGCAAAUAUGGCUUCUGCCCCCAUGAAUUACUAUUCACCAUCGGUGGAAACGCAGAGGGCGCUGCAUGUAAAUUCCCCUUCACCUUUCAGGGAGAGAAGUAUGACGCAUGCACCACUCAGGGCAGGGAUGAUGGUUACCGCUGGUGUGCCACCACCGAGGACUACGACCAGGACACCACCUUCGGGUUCUGCCCUGAAACUGCCAUGUCGACAGUGGGAGGAAACGCAGAGGGAAGCCCCUGUGUCUUCCCCUUCACCUUCUUAAGUGACACCUAUGAGGCCUGUACCUCAUCCGGACGCAGCGAUGGCAAGAUGUGGUGCGGUACCACCAAGAGCUAUGAUGAUGACCGCAAAUGGGGUUUCUGCCCUGACCAAGGCUACAGUUUGUUCCUGGUGGCUGCCCAUGAGUUUGGUCAUGCUCUUGGCUUGGAACACUCUCAGGACCCCGGAGCUUUGAUGGCCCCCAUUUACACUUUCACUAAAGACUUCAGACUUUCUAAUGACGACAUCACAGGCAUCCAGGAGCUCUACGGUGGGUCGUCAGACAAGCCUUUGUCUCCAACCCAGGGUCCAGUCACUCCAAUGGACAUCUGUAAAGAGCCAGUUAUCUUUGAUGCUAUAGCACAGAUCAGAGGAGAGACCUUCUUCUUCAAGGACAGGUUCCUGUUCAGGUCAGUCAACUUCAGAAGCAAGCCCACUGGCCCCAUGCUGGUGGGCACCUACUGGCCAGACCUGCCUUCCAAAAUAGACGCUGCCUAUGAAAACCCAGUGGAGGAAAAAACAGUGUUCUUCUCAGGCAAUGAGCUGUGGGUCUACAAAGCAGAUGCGCUGCAGUCAGGCUACCCCAAGAAGCUCUCCAGCCUUGAACUCCCCACAGACCUGCAGCAUAUCGACGCUGCCUUCAACUUUAGGAAGAACAGGAAGACUUACCUGUUUGCUGGGGACAAAUUCUGGAGAUACAAUGAAGAAACGAAGAGAAUGGACCCCGGCUUCCCAAAACUUAUUGCUGAUUCCUGGAAUGGCCUCCCAGAUGGCAUUGACUCAUCAUUCAGCCUUAAUGGCAUUGAUUACAGCUACUUCUUCAAAGGAAACCACUAUUUCAAACUGGAAGACAGCAGCUUGAAGAUUGUCAAGUUGGGUGAAAUUACAAAGGACUGGCUUGGUUGUUGAGCAUUUCCAAAACAUCUCACAACUGGCUAAAUCCUGUAACGACAUCCGGCCUCAUGAGGACAUUGCCUUAGUAUCGCACAAAACUUGAGGUCGCCGCAGUGCACACUGUUGUAGGUUUUUAUUCUGGCAACUCUGCACGCUUCUGUGGGAGACGUGUCCCUUCCAGACUGUAUAACCAGCCUCCGGCUUUGUAGACGGGCACCUCUGGAUCCUCUACACAGGCUGAACAUAGGCAACUGGAUAUAUUACUGUGUGAUGUUGACAUUUUAUUUGUUAUGCUGAUGCAGAUUUAUUUCAAUAUGUACCCCCCCAGUUUUAUUGUUUUAUAGUUUUUUUAAUUAGUUUUUUAAAAACUCAGACAUCAGGUAUGUCAACACUGCAUGAGACGCAGUGCUACACUGUGCUGUGAGAUAUUGCCGUUUUAUGCAAAUUUAAUUCUGUUUUACACCUUAUGAGGAAUCCAUGUUGGCUUGGAGUUACUUCUAUGUCCAGUGUACUAAGUGCAGUUUUAUAAAUGUAUCACUUUUAAUUAAUUUUCUCAUUGUUGUUUAAUACAUUUGACAAAAUGAAUUGUUUGACCGAAAAUGGUGCUUUAGAGAUUGCUUUUUGCCUAUAGUCCUACAUAUAUAUAUACAUUUUAUAUUCUGUGUAACUAUGUCUGAAUACUUUGCAUUCUCUGGAUGUUAGAAAGUGGUAUUCAAAGGCACACAUUAUUCUUCAUUUGGUUAGCACUUUGUAGAGGACUAUAUAAGGGAACUGCUCAAUAUGGAGACCUCCAUGUUGCGUUUCUCUUCACUAACGGUACAGGGAGAUUAAAGGCACAGGUUGCCACUAGAAGCUGUAUUGGUUUGCUGCAUGAUGGAGUCAUGACGAGUACCGCAGUAGUAUUGUAUAAUAAUCUCUUUUUUUAUAUUCUCUUUUUGUCUCUUGGGUUUUAACAACACAGUUGUGUUUUGUGUUGUUCUAAUGCUUGUGCACUUUGUUACUGUCAUCAAUAAAGAUGGUCAAUAUAA